AAACACAACAAACAUACAUAGAUAAAAAUAAAAACAAACAUAUACUCACACACUCUCCAUAACAUCAACUCAGGCCGAUUGAGAGAUACACAACAUCAUAAAAACCACAACAACAACAAUAAAAACAAAAAUACAAAAUUUGCAAAUUGAAGUGUGUCACCGCAACAGAAUAAAGCAACAACAAAACGAUAGAUAACAACGAAACGAAGUGGUGUAAAAUGGUCGUAAUUUGUUGCAAACUAAUAAUCUUUGAAAUUUAAAUAAAUAAAAUAAAACAAAAUAGAAAUUCCGAGAAUUUUUAAAUUGCAAAUAUCACAACUACAACACAUAAGCAGCCCCAUUUGUUCCUUUGUGUGUGUUCUAAACUUUCCAAAAUUUCAUCAAUUGGCUUGGCGGUCGAUGGGUUAUUAACUUUGCGCAAACAGCUGUGUUCUUAUCUCUAUGACCGUUUACUACAAUCACAGUUUCUGCAACAAGUCUUUGCCGAAUUUCCUCACGCACUCGGUAACAUCUUUGACCGCCAACACUUAGUCCAAAGUUUAAUCACGAUGUCAACAGCAUUCCUGACGGCAAUAGCCGUGAUCCUUUGCAUUCUAUUUCGCAUUUUGAACGUUAACAGUCAACCGCUGAAACCGAGCGUAUGGUCAUUGGAUCAACAGUUCUUGGAUUGUUUGUAUAAAAUUGCUCCCGUUUUAAAAGAACCAUAUGUUCCUACACGACUGUGGGGUUUUAGCGGUCAUGUUCAAACCGUUCUACACAGCAUAGUGGGACGUGUCAAAUGUCCAUGGCCUUUGGGUGAACGUGUCUACCUAUCCCUGGAGGAUGGUUCAACGUUGACAUACGAUUUGUAUCAACCGCUAAAAGAAUUUGAAGAUGACAUCACUGUGGCUAUUUGUCCUGGCAUUGGUAAUACCUCGGAGAGUGUUUACAUACGCACAUUUGUCCAUUAUGCACAGUGCCAUGGAUACCGAUGUGCGGUACUUAACCACAUAGGGGCCUUGAGCAGUGUACAGGUUACAUCGAGUAGAAUAUUCGCAUAUGGACAUACCGAUGACUUUGCUACCAUGGUUGAAAAUCUAUCACAAAAAUAUUCAAAUUCACAUAUUGUUGCCUGUGGCUUUAGUCUUGGUGGCAAUUUAGUAACGAAGUAUUUGGGCGAAAAGCAAAGAGUUAAGCCAUCAAAUGUUGUUGGCGGUAUUUCCAUUUGCCAAGGUUACAAUGCUGUCGAAGGCACAAAAUGGCUAUUGAAUUGGCAAAAUUUCCGCCGUUUCUAUUUAUAUGUUAUGACCGAAAAUAUGAAAAAUAUAAUUUUAAAACAUCGCCAUGUACUGUUAUCGGAGGAAUGCCGUCAGCGUCAUAAUUUAGUAGAACGUGACAUCAUUGCCGCUGCAACACUACCCGAAUUGGAUGAGGCUUAUACCAGACGUGUUUUUAAUUUCCCAUCAACUCAGGAAUUAUACAAAUGGAGUUCAUCAUUAAAUUAUUUAGAUAAUAUUGACAAACCAAUGAUUUUCAUAAACGCCAAAGAUGAUCCUAUAGUACCUGAAGAACUGUUGGAGCCCAUUAAAGAAUAUGCUGCUUCUCGCUAUAAAACCGCCUACAUCGAAUUAGCACAUGGCGGUCAUUUAGGUUUCUAUGAAGGCGGCCUUAUUUAUCCAAAUCCCGUAACUUGGCUAGAUCGUACUCUAAUAGCAAUGGUCGGAGCUUUGGUUAUGACCCACACAGAUCCCACAAAACAAACGAUCUCAACAAUAUAAAUAUGAGCUUAUACAAAAUGCCGGCAUCGUUUAUAUACAAUAUAAUCAACAUACACACACAUUUGUCCCUCCUCCUCCACCACGCCACAAUCAUUCUGACAGACAUUGCCCCCGCCCUCCCCCUCUCAAAAACAAAAUUAUGUAGCUUUAUUUAUAUUUUUUCUAAAAAAAUGUUAUAAAGAACACUUUUGCCAGAGAACGAGCGAUAAAGAAGUUAUAAAAAUCCAGAUGAAGACAUGUGCGAGAGAUAAAAAAGAACAUUAGUAUUUAGUUUAUUUUUUACCACAAUUAUAAUAAUAAUAAUUAUGAUAUUUAAAAUUACAAAUUUAUAGGAUAUAUAUACUAAACGAUAAUAAAUUUUGUGCUAUUAGCAGGAGAAGAGUAUUGUAUUCAGAGAAGAAGAAAAGUAAAAACAAAAUCAAAUUUGAUACAAAAAAUUAUAAAAAACAAAAAGGCUUUCAAUACUUAAUUGGAAGAGCAGCCAAUGGGCUAAGAAACCCAAGCGAAAAAUAUGAGGGCAAUCAAGAAUAAACAACUUAUGAAGGAGUUUCUGUUCCUAAAAACCUUAUGUUUGAACGAAUAGCAUUCUUGAUUGUCCUGAAAAUGUUGUAAUAAUGUGAACAGUGUUCCAGAAAAGUCUGCAAAUUUGAAAUAUGGAUAUAACGUCAAACAAUUUAAUAAUUUUGAUAGAAUAUUUGUUAAAUUAUACCUGUUUUAAUUUACGCCAUUUAAAGUUUCUUCGACGAACUGAAGAAAACAACAAUAGAAAAGUAAAAUAAUUAAUUCGAAAGCAAAACUAUUGUGAGACGAACCUACAAUUUUGUAACCACAAGUUAUCAUCAAGUUUAUCCACCUGAAUUGAAAUAUUAUUCAAAUGAUUAAGCCACAUUUUGUAAAAGAUAAUAAAAUGGGGGCUAGCAAGAGGAAACGAAUGCGGGCUGGUCUCUUUAGGAAAUGGAAUGGAAACAAUUUGUGCUUUGCUGACUUCAAUCUUUGUAAAAUUCAGAUUUUUUCAAGCUGUCACACCUUGACACAUUUAGAAUGAUGAAAUUUAGAACUAUAAUUCUUAGUAUUCUUUCAUAUUUUGGUAUAAAUCCCAUAUAAAGAUACCGUCCAGUUACAAGUAUUUUGAAGAUUUACCUAUUAUUUUUUGAUCGAUUUUAUUCAUGUUUCACAAUCUGGCCACAAAGGCGAUACAGAGUGCUUGAUUUGGAAUUGAUAGUUCCAAUUUCAAUCAUUUUCCUCAAAUUUGUUACUUGAAUUCUCAAUAAGUUGUUUCGUUAGUUCGCUGUAAUUUUGCUUUCCGGAUUUUGUGUAAUUUACAGACCUUUUAUUAGUGAUUGUUAUUUUAGGUUUUCAAUUAUCAAUUAUUAUUAAAUAUAAUAAAUAUUAAAUAUUUAAAUAUUUCAAUUAUCUUUUCAAUCUCUUUCCCGUUUCUUCUCUACAAAUAGAGGCUAAUACAAAAAACUCUCUUGAUAUGAAUAAACUAUUACCCCUUUAAAAAUAUUCCCAUUGAAUUGUAUGUAGACUUUUCUGGGUAACUGUUCCACAAUAACAUAAACUUAUAUGUCUAAGCUACAAAAACCCAAUAUGCGAACAAAAAACAAAUAAACACACCAAAUUCACCUAUAAACAGUUGUUGUUUGAAAUAAGUGGAGUCUGUAACAAGAAAAUUUGAUUAAAAAGCCAUACAAAAGCUACAAACAAAAUAUACACAAAAUUUUUUGAAAUGUUUACAAAAUAAAACAACACAAUACAAUCCCUUUUUAUAGUAUACAACAAAAUAAAAAUUAAUGAAAAUAAUAAUAUGCAAUAAUUGCCGUUUUGUCGCAUAAAAACAAAAUGUAUUUAUUACAAUUUUUUUAUAUUUUACAAAAACAAAAUAAAAAUACUAGCAUUUCUUUAACAAUAAUUUUAUUUUUUUUUUUGGUACAAGCAACAACUUUUUUGUUGGGGGUAUUUUGUGUUACUUUUUUUACAAUUAUAAUUAUAACGUCAUAUAUUUAUUAUUAUUAUUAUUAAUACAAAAAAUAUAUAUAAUUAAUUAUAAAGUUUUUGUACUUUUUUGUAAGAUGUUUAAGAUAACAACAUAAAAUAACUAGAAUUUAAUUAAGUCGUUUCGAAAUGGCCCAAACCAAUAAUGCCAACUUAUUAUAUGCCUUUGACCAUAUGAGUGGGAAAGAGAAUCGGAAAGUUUCAUGUGAAAAUUUUUUUUUGGGCAACACACUAUAUGGACUGAGUUUCGCCACUAAAAUAUGGCAUCCUUUCUUUGUCUGCUAAGUGGCUAUUGUAGUUAUGUAAGAAAGAGCUUUGCCAAGAAAAAUGUAGUCAAAAGUUAUGGAUUGUUGCUUAAAACGGGUUCCUUGGUAGACUCUGCAUCUUAUUCAUAUAAUAUUAUUGUCUAUAUUUGUAUUCCAAACAGUCUAGCGAAAAAUCUCUACCUAAUGCCACACAUUUUUGAUAGAACAAAGUAGAGAUAUUUUUUGUAAAUUGCAUUACUUGGUGAUGAGGAAAAUAAGUUUUUUUACUUUUUUUCUACUUUUUAACCAAUAAUCUACAUUACCUUUUAAUUGGUUUUUAGGAUCAUGAAGCUCCCACGUUAUUUUUUAUACUCUACACCACAAGGUGCUCUGGUUAUUAUGUCUUUGUGCAUUUGUUUGUAACAGGCAAAAGAAAACAAGAUAGACCCAUAGUUCCUUUUGAUGAUCUGCAUAGAUUCACAUUCUGAGUCGAUUUAUCCAUGUUCCUCCGUCUGUCUGUCCAUGUCUAUUUGUAAACAAAGUACAGGUCGCGUUGAUUGCCCGAUCCAGAUGAAAUUUUGCACAAGUCAGUUGUUUGACCAAAGGACGAACCUUAUUGAAAUUGGAGAUAAUCGGUCAAAAUUUAGGUAUAGCUCCCGUCAAACGUGUAACUAGUAUGGAAUUUUGCACAUACGAUCAAAUUAAGCCCGGAAAUAAGUAUUCAAAAUUUGAUCGAAAUCGGUUAAGACAUAGCUGUAGCUCCCAUGUAUACUGCAUCCGAUUUGUUAUUUAUGCGAAGUUAAGUGUAGUCGGGAAUAUUGUUGUCUCAUCUUGAGGUAAGAUGUCUGAUA